AGUGAAUAAGGGAACCUUCUUCCUGAGCACAGACAUUGGAGCCUGUUAUCAGCAUGAACUCAUAUGUGUUAGACAUAAAAAGAAUGAUACCACAGACUCCAAUAGUCGUAGACACUAAUGACUAUUCACAAACAUUGGGGAAAUCACAGCAGAUAUUUAAAGAAGAUGAUGAAUUGUCAGGAACUGGACAGCAAUCAUUAUGUACAGAGAGUAAUUUAGUCAUCAAACAAGAGGACAAGAUUUAUGACUUAUCUAGUGAAAAGAUCCCUGAGGAUAAACCACAAACAUUUACUGAGUUUUCAAAAAAUGUUAUAGAAGAGAAACGUCUACAGUCUAACCAAAUGAUUCAUACAAAGGAGAAACCUUUCAAAUGUACAGAAUGUGAGAAAAGCUUUACAUUUAAUUCACAUAUCCUAGAACACCACACAAUUCACACAGGUAAGAAGUCAAACACGUGUCCUGAGUGUGGAAAAUGUUUUAUACGAAUGACAAAAAUUAUAGCUCAUGAAAGGACCCACACAGAGGAGAAACCAUUUAGCUGUACAGAGGGUGGAAAAAGUUUUGAAAAGCCUUUCACAUGUACAGAGUGUGGAAAAAGUUUUACACAAAUAAAUAGUCUGAAAACUCAUAAAAGAAUUCACACAGGAGAAAAGCCUUUCACAUGUACAGAGUGUGGGAAAUGUUUUACACUAAAUAGUUAUCUGAAAAGUCAUGAAAGGAGUCACACAGGAGAAAAGCCUUUCACAUGUACAGAGUGUGGGAAAUGUUUUACACAAAAGAGUCAUCUAAAUAGUCAUGAAAAGAGUCACACGGGGGAAAAGCCUUUCCCAUGUACAGAGUGUGGGAAAAGUUUUACACAAAUAAAUAAUCUGAAAUAUCAUGAAAUGAUUCACACAGGAGAAAAGCAUUUCACAUGUACAGAGUGUGGGAAAUGUUUUACACGAAAGGGUGAUCUGAAAAGUCAUGAAAGAAGUCACACAGGGGAAAAGCCGUUCACAUGUACAGAGUGUGGAAAAUGUUGUACACAUAUGAGUAAUCUGAGAAAACAUGAAAUGAUUCACACAGGGGAAAAGCCUUUCACAUGUACAGAGUGUGGAAAAUGUUUUACACUAAAGAGUCAUCUGAGAAAUCAUGAAAGGAUUCACAAGGGAAGAAACCUUUCACAUGUUUAGAAAGUGGAAAAAAGGUUUUUUAUUGAAAUCGGAUAUCACAAAACACCAAAUAUUUACACACAAACUUUAUAUACACAGUGUACAACCUCUUUAUAAUUAUCCUAAAGACAAAAAACUCUCUAAAUAGAAGCAUCAAAUUAGAUGUUAUUGUAAAUAAUACUUUCUAAUUCCAGUUAUAAAAGCCCCAGAUUGGAAGUGCUCUCCUGCUGUCCUUUUUUCCUCUAUAUAUGUGCACCUCAGUUUCUCUCAUAUCAAUGGGAUAGAAUCCAAACACCACACAGGAAUAUACAGAUCUGUCCUCAUACUGACCAGUUUACACAGCCAUUCACCACCAAAUCACCCCCAGUGUUGUUUAUUAAUAUUCCAGUGUUAAGAGUUGUACGUUUGUUUUACAUAGGGGAGGAAAUAAUUACAUUUACAGAAUAAAGGAGUCUUUAUAUGAAUAGAGUGUUAGAGAAUUAUAUAAACAAGAACAUCAGUCUCAAAUGAUUAACGUCUGGGAGAUAUAUUUAAU